CCUCCUCACUCAUCCUCCUGCAAUCAAACACCAUGGAUCUGAGCGUACCUCAAUUCGGAGCCUCUUCCUCUUCUUCUUCCACCCAUUUGUUCACACACGAUGUCUUUCUGAGCUUCAGAGGUGCGGAUACCCGCAACAAUUUCACAGGCCAUUUGUACAGCAAUUUGGUUAACAAGGGAAUUAAGACCUUCAUGGAUAAUGAGCUUACAAGAGGACAAGAUAUAAGAAAAGAGCUUCUCGAAGUAAUUGAAGGAUCAAGGAUUUCCAUUGUUGUAUUUUCUGUGAACUAUGCAUCUUCAAAGUGGUGCUUGGAUGAACUUGUCAAGAUCUUUCAAUGUAAAGAAUCCAAGCAACAAAUCAUUUUCCCAAUUUUCUACAAGGUACAUCCGUCGGAGAUACGAUACCAAACGGGCCAGGUUAGUGAGGCAAUUGCUCACCUCAGAAAAUACAAUAACUCGGAGAAGGUGGAGAGUUGGAAGGCAGCUCUUACACAAGCAGCAACUUUGUUUGGGUGGCACAUCUUGGAGGGAGGGCAAGAAGCGAAUGUCAUUGAUGAAAUUGUUAAAGAGAUAUCAACCAAAAUAAUGAAAUGCACCCCUUUAGAUGUGGCAACAUAUCCUGUUGGAAUAGAAUCUCGUGUAGAAGACAUACUCAAGCUCUUAAAUGUUGAGGAAGAAGGCCCUCACAUGAUAGGAAUAUGGGGAAUUGGUGGAAUAGGAAAGACAACACUUGCAAAAGCUAUUUAUAAUUCAAUUAGCCAUAAGUUUGAAUAUAGCUGUUUCCUGGCAAAUGUUAGAGAAGAAUCAUUUUCACAUGGAGGUCUUGUCAAGCUACAAAACAAUUUUCUUUCUAAGAUAGAGAGGAAUCUACCUAAUGUGAUCAAUGUUGAUGAAGGGAGCAUUGUGCUGAAGCAAAAACUAAGCCAGAAAAAGGUUCUCUUAGUUCUUGAUGAUGUGGACCACUUGGAUCAAUUAAAAAAACUUGCUGGAGGGUGUGAUUGGUUUGGUCCAAGAAGUAGAAUUAUUAUAACAACAAGAGAUAUAAAGUUCUUAAGGGCUCAUACAGUCAAAUCAAUAUAUGAGGUUAAGGAAUUAAAUGAUCAAGAAGCUUUAGAGCUCUUGAAUUUCAAUGCCUUCAAAGGAAAUAAAUGUAUGGUUGAUUUCUUUGAACUUGCAACUAAUGUAAUACAUUACGCUAAAGGGAUUCCGUUAGUUUUGGAAAUUUUGGGGUCAGAUCUAUGUAAUAAAAAUAAGGAUGAGUGGAAAGAUGUAUUAGAGUAUUAUUGCAAAUAUCCUAACCAAGAGAUUCAACGAACUCUCCAAAGAAGUUACGAGGCAUUGGAGCAUCCGAUGAAAGAAAUUUUUCUUCAUAUUGCAUGUUUCUUUAAAGGUUACAAACAAAGUUAUGUGAUAGAAGUCCUACAAAGCUGUGACCUCAAUCCAAUGUAUGCUCUCAAAGUUCUCAUAGAAAGGGCCUUAAUAAAAAUUGAGAAAGACGAUGAGAUUUGGAUGCAUGACCUUAUAGAAGACAUGGGAAAAGAAAUUGUUCGGCAAGAGUCCCCUGAUGAGACAGGACAACAUAGUAGAUUGUGGCUUUAUGAGGAUGUUCGCGACAUUCUUGAAGAAAACACAGGGACAGAUAAAAUUAAAGCCAUCGUGUUGAGAAGUUUUGACAUGUUGAGAAGUUUUGACGUGUUGAGAAAAAACAACGAUACUCGGAUACGGUUGAACCGCGGAAGCUUCAGAAACUUGAAAAAUCUUCAAAUUUUUAUAGUUAAUCGUGAGAUGCUUUGUGGAGAGGGCGUGGAUUAUCUACCCAACCAGUUAAGGGUUCUCGAGUGGGAGGAUUGUUCGUUACUAUCGUUGCCAACAAAUUUUAAUAUGAGGAAACUCAGUAAACUGCACAUGGGUGGGCCCUGCACGACUCAACUAAUGAAUGAGGGAUUGAAGGUAUUUCUGUAUUUGAAAGAAUUCGAUCACAGUUUACACAUAUUUUAAUUUAUCAUUUCAACCUUUAUAAUUUGUUUUUUUAUUUGUUUUAUUCUCUUUCUCCCAAACAGAAUAUGCGAUAUUUGAAAU